CAGACAAAUGCAGGACGAGUUCUCCACGUACCAGGAGAGCGUGAAGAAGCUGAGCGAGGAGACGAAGAGGUCCGGUCAGAUGUUGGACGAGGGCGCCGUCUGCGAGAUCUGCCACAAGACCAAGUUCGCUGACGGGGUCGGGCACAGCUGUCAUUUCUGCCACAAGAAGUCCUGUGCCAGAUGUGGCGGGAGAGUGCAGGGGAAGGGACUCAACAAGGAGAAGCCCAGCAUGAUAUGGGCGUGCAACCUGUGCAAGAAGAAGCAGGACCUGCUGGCAAAGACGGGCGCCUGGUACCACGGCGGGAUGGCGCGCCCGGUCGCUCUGGACGUCGGCGACACCGCCUCCGGAAGUGACGCGGCUUCCACCAAGACAGACGUCAGCCCGUCCACGGAAAAGCGCGCGAAAAUGAUGGAGAAAGGCCAGCACGACAGCAGCCAAGGGUCGGAGAAGGAGAACUUCGACAGACAGCGUAGUUCCUUUUCGCGUGCGGGCAGCCUGCAAGGGAAGGAACUCAAACGCCAGUUCUCCAUGUCGGACGCCGUCAACAGGGGGCACGACUCCGGACUUGGGGGAUCUACUACAUCAUCGUCCUCCCAACAGGGCUCUCUCAACGCCAGCCAGACCAGCGGUGGGACGAGCGUGGGCUCCCUCGGCGAGCAGGAGAAGCUGAGGGACCACGGUCAGAUUUUGGACAGGGGCCGCGGGAAAGACCGCGGUCAAGCCAAGCAUCGGUUCCACAGCGAGUCCAGGAUAUCGGAUACGGACCGGCGAUACGCGAACGAGACUCAACACCACGGGGAGAGAGACCGCCACAAUAAGGUGGAUCGCUGGGAUGGAGGAGGAGGAGGAGGGGGAGGAGGGGGAGGACGUGAAGGAGGAGGAGGACGUGAAGGAGGAGGAGGGAGACACGAGGAGAGAGGAAGUGGCUCCUCGUCCGGUCACAAGGGAAGUCACUCCGAGGAUAGAAAAGGAGACCACGGGAGUUUUCGGGGUGACCCAGAUCCCAGGGAUGGCGACCGCAAGUCGGAGCGGCAUCGGGACGGAAGUCAACACGACCGUCGCCAUGACAGAUCCGGCGGUCAACUGGACGAGAGGGACCAGAUGGACCGGCGGCGAGAGGGCAAGGACCGGCGUAAGGACGGCCGUGUGGAGGCGGCGGACAGGGAGAGGGGAGACCGCUACCACCGCCAGAGCCCCGUCAACGGCCGCCGGGACUACGGUUCCCGGGAGCGGCUCAACGACAUGCAGCAGCAGCAGCAACAGCAACAACAGCAACAGCAGCAGCAGCAGCAGCAACAGCCACAGGUGGUGGACGUUAGCCUCCAGGAAGGGGAGGGAAGCCGUCUGGAGCGACGCGGGGGAAGCAGCCGCCACCACAGAGAGCGGGGAGAAAGGUCCGUGAAGGAUCAGAGAAGAUCUCCGAGCCGGGAGCGAGAACGAGACCGCGGAGGCGGAAGCGGAAGUGGUGGCGGAGGUGGUGCUGGAAGUGGAAGCGGGGGCGGUGGCGGAGGAGGAGGGGGCGUGGUGGUGGGCGUCGGCGGCGGGAAGGGGGAACCCCCGGACGUUCACGAGGGUCAGUUCUCCAGACACCGCAUCCUCAUCGACCACGCCAGCGACACGCAGGCGGAGGACCCCCGUGAUGUUGUGGACAACGACCCCGGAGACAAAAAACAGCAUUUAGACCCCAGCUCCGCCGGGGGGCGCUCCAGGAACAACCGCAAGAAGCUGGAGAGCAUGUUGAGGAACGACUCUCUCAGCUCCGACCCCUCCGACUGCGUCCGACCGCCGCCCCCCAAGCCGCACAAGCACAGGCGAGGGAAGAAGCAAAGACAACAGAGCAUCAGCAGCUCGGAGGACGAGAUACAGUCCACGCCGGAGUGCUCCAGCUGCGAGGAGGUGGAUUUAGAGAGUGAGAGUGUCAGCGAGAAAGGGGAACUAGAAAGCGUGACGGGUAGCUUGCGUUCGCGUGGCUCUCACGACGGAUACGGCUGGAGGGGAAGCAAGCCAGAUUGCCUGGCCAAGCCCACUCUCUACGAUACGGGCCGGGGCACGAGCGUAGAAACCGAGAGCGGCUCCUCCGAACCCCCGCCUCUCAAAGAGAAUGGCAACGACACGGGGCUGUCUUCCUCUAGCAACCUGACGCUCAACACGUCCUCUGUUGACGAUUUCGUGUCCAAGAGGCAACUGCAGUCGAUUAAGCAUCCGGUCACGUGGCAGAGUUCAGCAGACGGCACCAAGUGGAUAGGUCACAUGAUUCUAAAGAAAACAGUUCUGGAAGGAAGUGGAGAAAAACGAGACUCCAGCGCAAUUUUGGGUCGGUCUGAAGCGUUAGGUCUGAAAGUGAUUGGUGGAAAAGUGUCGGACUCUGGUAAGCUCGGUGCCUUCAUUACCAAAGUCAAGAAAGGAAGCAUAGCAGACACCGUGGGGCACCUGAGGCCAGGCGAUGAGGUGGUGGAGUGGAACGGGAGGUCUUUACAAGGCGCCACGUUCGAUGAGGUUUAUGAUAUUAUUCUCGAGUCCAAACAGGAACCACAGGUGGAGCUGAUAGUACACAGGAGUGCCAAACAUGGAGAAACACCCCCAGGGGUCCAGUCUUCCUUCACUGACCAUGCUAGAGAUUACGGGUUGAAAGAAGCCAUUCCAGAUGUUCAAAGGUCAUCUCGACAUCCUGUCCCCACACCUCAGCCAAGGUCAAGGUUGCGAUCAAGGCCAUUGUCUCCCCCCAUCACAGGAAAGCUGCAGGUGAAACUGUGGUACGACGUUCAAAGCUAUCAACUCAUCAUCACUGUCAUCAAUGCCAUUGACCUUCCUCUGACCGACAACGGCAAGUUCCGUAACCCUUACUGCAAGAUCUACUUGUUGCCAGACCGAAGUGAAAAGAGCAAGCGCAGAACAAAGACUGUGGCCAGCACCAUCGACCCCACGUGGAAUCAAACGUUUAUCUACUGCCCUGUCAAAGAGAAUGACAUGCAUGAACGACUGCUGGAGACGACGGUCUGGGACUAUGAUCGAGUUGGUGCCAGCGAGUUCCUUGGGGAGGUUUUAAUCGACUUAACAACUGCCAACCUGAAUGAUGAGCCAUAUUGGUACCAACUGGAUCAUCAUGACAAUGCCAGCAUUCCACUUCCAGCCUCUUCCCCACGCUCGAAGACCAGCCAAGACCCUUACGACCUCCGCAAGGACCACCUGUCUCCACCUAUCAGCACGCGAGGGCUCAGCGACAGUGACAUGUCAGAACUGGACUUUGACGACAGUAUAGGUGUUGUUCCUGUGGUAGCACGAGAUGACUUGGGCUCUCGACAGCGUCACCCUUCAGCAGCUGACAAACUAGAAGUACCGGAGGUCGGUGGCUCAGGUCAGAGGUCAAGAUCACCAUCUCGAGAAGGUUCUGCCAAAAACUCAAGGCCACGGUCUAGGUCACCUGGAAAUAUUAGAGUCACAGAUGCUUCCAGAUCACUCUCUCCCCCAGAGCUCAGGGCUGUUCCAUCGGGAACGUCACAGCGGUCCUUCCCUCCUGCAUCGUCACGAUCUCUCGGGGGAACUCCAACCAGCACUCCUUCCCCGAAGAAACGCCAACUACCCGCCAUUCCAUUAGACGCUCAGAAAGCCAGUCGAGACAGAGUGACCCAAGACCUGGAAGAGCGGGCCCGGAUAAUGAAAAUGAAGAUGAAGCUGGCUCAACAGGGUCAAGGGGGAGGAAUCCCGCACCCGGAGAGCGACUCUCGCCUUACCCGCCGUCGAGACCGCCACGACGGCAGCGACCGCAUGCACGACCGCAGCAUCUCACACGACCGCGUGGAGAGGAUGAGGGAGAGGGCCAUGGAGAGGAACUACGAGCGAGGCAGGGACCAUGACAGAGGGCACCGGACCAGGAGGAACAAAGAGUUCAGCCCUGACAUGUCGGAUGACGUCGCCAGUGACGUGUCAGAGACAAGCGACAUGUCGGAGGUCAGCAAGGUCAGCACCAUCAGCGUCCGGUCAACCCAGUCAGAACGGCCGCGGAGAAAACUCAGUGAAUUUGCCUCCAAGAUGGAGAGCCGGACCACCAUGCCUCAGCGACGACAGCAGCAGCAGCAGCAGGCUGCCAGAAGCUCCAGCAACGAGAGCCAAGGAUUCGACCAGAACGACGGGAGUGUCUCAGACUCUGCCGUCACGGCCAGCGUCACGGAGGGCCGGAAACGAAGGCCGAGUAUAGGCCACAAGAUGGCCGCCCUGGUCGGACUGAACCGGCGAAGCAGCAGUGCCUCCCAGCUUGCAGGUGCGGGACUCAAGAAAUCUGGCAGAGGUGGUGGCAAAAAGAGAAGCUCCUUCCAGCGGAGCGAGGAGAUAGGACCAGUGGACCUCAGAGGGGGCAUGUCGAAACAGGCUAGCAAAGACUCAACAGAUGGCAGUAUUGGCAGUAUUAGUAGUGACUCUUCCAGUGUAUUAUGGCUUCCUACGGGCAUGCGCCUGGGGCCCGAGGGUCAGUUUGGCGAGUUUGUGGACGGACUGGGGCCCUCUCAACUGGUGGGUCGCCAGGUGCUGGGCGCGCCGUGCCUCGGAGAGAUACAGCUGGGCUUGUACGACCGCAAGGGACACCUGGAGGUGGAGGUGAUACGAGCCAGGGGUCUUAUGUCAAAACCCGGGGCCAGAGUUUUGCCAGCUCCGUACGUGAAGGUGUACCUCAUAGAAGGAAAACACUGUGUGGAGAAGCAGAAGACGACCACAGCACGACGCACACUGGACCCUCUGUACCAGCAGCAGCUAUUCUUCACAGAGCCUUACCACAACAGAAUCCUUCAAGUUACAGUCUGGGGAGACUACGGACGCAUGGACAAAAAGGUGUUCAUGGGAGUCGCGCAGAUUCUGUUGGACGAUCUUGAUCUAAGCAACAUUGUGAUUGGUUGGUACAAACUGUUCCCAACAUCCUCCCUGUUUGGCCACCACUCGUCCAGCACCGGGCUGUCUCAGUCAGGCCUGGGCUCCUCCACCUCUCUGGAAACCCUCAUGUCCUCGAGGACGUAGCAUUUGUGGACUUUAGAGACACCAAUUUUCUUUCAAUUUUCUCAUGUGUAUAUAUAAAUAUAUGUGUGUGUAUGUGUGUAUGUGUGUUUGUUUGUGAGUGUGUAUGUGUGUGUAUAUAUUCUGGUGGUGUAAUGCCCUGACUGUGAAACUGAUUGCCUCGAACAUUUCUCACACGCAAAAGAAACCUUUGUGGUUUGAUUUAGAAGAGUGGACCCAACAAUUAGACAACAGUAUUUUUUACACUGCCGUAUUUUUUUUCUCGCAGAAUGACUCUUGGUUUUUGUGGGUUUUUUUAUUGAGGACUUGCUGAUUAACCCCAGUCAAGGUUAUAGAACAAAAGGCAAAUUGACACAUUUCUUUCAAUUAAACUCUUAGAGCAUACACCAUGUUAUGUUUUAUAUAUAUAUAUAUAUAUAUAUAUAUAUAUAUUCAGACAACUUGAACUUGUUGUGGGGUUGUAGAUUUCAGCCUGAUCAUAUUGUGUGAUGGGUUUCUGCAAGAUACAAUAGUAAUGUGUCAGACUAUGUCUGAAAUUUACUGCGAUCUUUUCAGAGUAAAAAAGUCACAACAAGGGUGUUACAUUCGUCGUUUCAUCUAGACUUUUGGUUCCCCUGUCUGUCACUAUGAUGCUAAUGAGGUACCUACAGUAUUGAGUGAAUGGAAAUACUGAUGUGUCUUUUCUCCCCGCCAGUUAUUUGAUUAUACCACUUCUUUUUUUUUUUUCUUUUUUUGUGAGUGAAGGAGAAGGAAGGAAGGAAGGAAACUUGAAAGAUAAUUUGUUCAUUGAUACGCUGCCUGUGCCUGUGCCCUCCCCCCCUUCUCCUCCUUCUCCUCCUCCUCCUCCCCCCCCCCCACCUCUCUUGUGAGGGAAGGAGUAGGAAUACAGAAAUACAGUGAGGUUUACUUUUGAGAAUACUGUUCCGGGAAGCAAAUUUUGAAUUCUGUUCAUCUGUCAAGUUAGUAGGCUAUAUAAUAUAAUCAGAACUUUGGGUCUUUCUUAAUUUUGCCUGGAUAUGAGAUUUUAGAUGUGUGCAAUGAUGAUAAGUCUUUACUUAGCACUUCACCUUCUAUAGGAGUGUUUUUAUGAAGGAAGUUUUCAAUUGUCCUACUCCUACCGAAAAAGAAAAUAUGAAGGACAUCUUAACGAUUUCCUAUCCGUCGCAGAAAAAAGAUAUGCGGAAAUAAGACAAUAAGUCUUCUCAAAUGGGAAAAUAAGCCAACUCAAAAAAUAUCCUCAUACAUGGAAGGUAUUAGUCUAAGAGGGGUGGGGUUGGGGGAGGAGUGGCUAAGUAGGAGAAUCAUUAGAUUAUGGUAUUGUCAGUAUCCCCAGCCUUUAUUCUAUUGUAUUUUAAAAUAGACGGUGUCUGGUAACCUAUUAGGAUAAAAUUGUGAGCUGUCUUCAUCUCCCUGUUCCAAAUCUAGAGGAAGGUUGAACUCACAUUUUUGUGUGGCAUUCUUCAACCGAGGUACCAAGCUAGAAAAUAAAUCAAUGUAAAACAUUAUGAUAGAGCUUGUCAGUGUUGUCACAGACUUUGAAAACUUGAUGUUUUUUGCAAAAUUCCUACUGAAGAAAUGAUAUUUCAUUGUGUACAGAUCUCAUUUCUUUGAAGCAAGUUUUUAAAAUAUUUUUUAAUGGUCUUCUUAAUUUCUUACUAGGGAUUUGCAUAUUAAUUGAAACAAUAUGUUAUGAUGUUACCUUUAUAAGGUUAUAGUCGUGUAAAUGCAUUGUAUACUUUUUAGUACAGUUUGGUUAAUUUCACACGAUAUAUUAAUUUUCCAGCUGAACUUCAAAACAUCAAGUAAUGUCUUUUUCCAUAGGCCACGGCAAUUUUGAAGGUUUGUCUGAACAUGUAAAGUUAUUAUUGAGAUCGCUCUUAUAGUCAUAAUGAUGGGAGUUAAAAAUUUUUCCACCACUAAAUAUGUGUCACGACUAGGUGGAAUCAGGCGCUCGUCAAUUUAUGGGCAUGUGGAGUUAUUGGUAUCAUCUGAAAGCGGAUUCAUUUGCUUUGCGUCCAACGAAAUAAAUAUCUAUUUAUCUUGAAUAGAACUCAAGAAAUCUGCAUUUGAAGGAAUUGAGGCCGCAUGGUUUCUGUGGUGAAAUUAGAGAGGAAAUGGCCACCAAAGUAUAGUGACCUUCAUAGCUCAAGAGUCCUUGAGAACUGCACAAUUAUAAUAUUUUUGUGCCUUUAAUCAACUUUGUUUCCAUAAAAUCAACACGUAAGAAUGUUUUUGAAUGGACAUACAAGAGUCUUUGAAAACUGAAAAAUGACAUAUUUUGCACCUUUAAUCAAUGUUUUUCUGUAAAAUUCACAUGGAAAUGUGUUUUUUAUGGGCAUAAAAGAGGUUAACUCAAAAAAUAAAAAUUCGAUAAAAUAGUAACAGAAAAAUGCCUGUUUCUCGUAUUUCGUUAUUUAGACGAGGGCCUGAUUUCACCACGCUGCCUCACAUAAGUAGGUCAGUGUGACUUAUUUGUUUCCAUACGACAAUUGAAAAGAAUAAAUGGGUACGGUACAUACGAAGUGAAAAGUAGGUUCAUGGGCAAAUUUAAAUACACAAGUGAGAUUUUUUUGCUCCGCAACUGAUUUCCUGCGUAGGCCUACACGCCCCUCCCUCCCCCUCUAAUCCUCCUUCACUGUUAUUAAUAUCUUUUCCCUCUCCUCAUUUCACAUCAUCAAAGAUAGAUAGCAUAGCUGUGGAAGUGACAGAAUGGAUGUGUUUAGAGCACCCCUGCAUUUUUCUUCUUUUCUCAUAGAGCAAAACUUAAUUUUUCUGCGAGCAUGUACUCUUCUAAAAUUUAAUGAGUUGAAAUUAACUUUCAAAGAUUGAAUAAUUGAAAAUGAUAACAACCUAAUAAAGUUGAAAACUUCAAAGAGUAAAAGACAUCGAAAAUCCAAUUAAGUAUUUCAUAAAUUGUUGACAGGGACAAAAGAGAUCUUUCACAAUUAUUUUAGUUCUGUCGCUGUUUUGCAGCUGUUAGAUUUGUGGACAGAAGGGUGGGUAUCAUUUAUGGAGACAUAAAGGAGAAGAAAAUGAAUAUUUCUAUCUUUCUAGAAAUGAUGUUGUUGUCAUUUUUGGCUUAAAAGGAAAAGAUUUGAGCUGUGACCUCAUAACUCUGGUGGCAGAGUUUCAAGCUGUGAAAUACUCUAUUAUAUUUAUUGUUUCCUGCCCCCCACCUCUUGACUUCUUGUGAUAUACUCAUUAAGCGUGAUCCAGGGCCGGGCUCGCCUGUUCUUAGCUUGAUCAAAACAAAAGAGCUUGGCUGUGAGAAGCAGAAACAUGGACAGAAGCUGGUCUUUGCUUGUGCCACCGUAGCACUACCCUAGAAUGAAAAAGUUCUAUCUGUCUGCUCUGCACCUAGUUUGGACAAA